ACAAAAUGGAAGGAAACAGAGACGAAGCCUUGAAAUGCCGGCGUUUGGCCGAGAAAUUUCUCAGUGAUGGCGACGUAGAGAAAGCAAUAAAGUUCCUUAAAAAGGCUGAAAGGCUUUACCCCACAAAAGAUGUCAAAGACCUUCUAAACUCACUUCUAAAGAAUGGCAUGUCAAGCGGGUUUACAAAGACUGAUAAUGCAGAUGGUGUAAGACACAGAACAAGAACUAACAGUGGUAGUGCUGCAAGUAAUGGCUCUGCACCACAGGAGAAAAAUUACACACAAGAACAAGUAGAUGCAGUCAAAAAGAUAAAAAACUGCAAAGACUAUUAUGAGAUACUUGGUGUAAACAGAGAAGCAUCUGAAGCAGACAUCAAAAAGCAGUACAGAAAACUUGCCCUACAGUUUCAUCCAGACAAAAACAGAGCACCCGGAGCAACAGAGGCAUUCAAAGCUAUAGGAAAUGCCUUUGCAGUGCUCACCGAUUCAGAGAAAAAAGAGCGUUAUGACAAAUAUGGUGACGAAAAUCCACAAAGAAUAUAUCGCAAUGAUCAUUUUGACUAUUCUAGAGGAUUUGAAGCUGACAUUACUCCAGAGGAGAUUUUUAACAUGUUUUUUGGUGGCCCAAUGCCUGGUGGUCGUGUUUAUGUAAAUAGACGAAGAAAUAGAACGUAUCAYCAUCAUCACGAGCAUGAUGACGGACAAGAAAUUAAUCAAACUCUAUAUUCAUUGGUUCAGUUCUUACCUAUACUUCUAUUAGUGUUAAUGUCUUUAUUAAGUACUCUAAUGUUACAGGAUCCAGUCUACUCCUUACAAAGAACAGGGUCUUAUUACAUCACAAAAGUAACCCAUAAUUACAAAAUUGAUUACUAUGUACAGGAAGGUUUUGAUGACAAAUAUUCAGGGAACGCACUUCGGAAAUUAGAAAAACAAAUAGAAAAUGAGUACAUUCAUAGAUUACAAUCACAAUGUUACAGAGAAAGACAGUACAGAGAAGAACUCUAUGCRCGAGGACGAUUUUGGCAUGAGCCAACUCUMAUCGAGAAAGCAAAUAAUUUAAAAAUGAGAAAUUGUGAAGCACUGGAAAAUUUAGCAGAUCGUGCUUAACUAUACAAUUUUCCAAAUAUUAUCAAGAAAAAUGGUUUUAAUCUAUAAAUAUAUCAGUAGUGUCCUAUAAUACAUCACAAAUUCCAGCAGAAGGCGUCCUCUUACCUGCUCCAUGGCAUUGUUCUUCACUGGUAUUUAAGUGRUCUCAGACUGUAUGGUUUUAUAGUGGCUGGUAUCGACAAACUUGCUCAUAGUUAUCAGUMUUCCUCGGUUACUUUUGACCGUURGMCAGGCCUUGRUURAAAGGGAUUUGGUAACUAUAUCUGGAAAGUUAUGGAACCAUCUGWACCGACUWGARGAUCACACUGUAAGCCRCGUUACAUUGCCGACAACGCGAAAAUYGSCUGUCCACUAUAGUCAACUAGUAUUUACUAUUAUAAACUGGAAGUUAUUUAGUUGCAGAGSUAUUUGUUGUCCUUUUAUAAUCAAACAGGACUCGAGAGAUUKUUUCUUAAAUAAGUUAAACGCAAUGCCGUCUUCGUGACAACUGGUCAAAUUUAGAGUGUGCGCUAAAAGGCACUGGGCAUAGAAAAAUUGGACUGGAUAGAUAUGGAAAGUAAAACAGUGCUAUUGUCAUUUGCGAUACUUCGCGAUAGUGAAAAACUGCUCUUGAUGGCA